UGAACGAAUGACAUUAGUGACAUUAAAAAAGUACAAAAAAAGUUUUGCUGUUUGCAUGAGUUUUAAUUUAUAUUACAAAAUAAAUAAAAUGGAAAUGGAAGGCAAUAAAUCAAAGAAAAAGCCAACAAAAAUGGAAGAAAUGACCAAAGAGCAAAUACGAAAGGCAAUUGUUAAAAAACGUGAAUGCAACGCUAAAGCGCAGAAUAUUGUCGAGAGUUUAUUAGAAAAAUGCAUUAGCGAGGAGUAUUUCCUCAAAUGUUUACCGGACAUUAAUCAAUCGCACUUAGAAGAUAUAAUAGAAGAACGAUCUAUUAUACGUCUUUGUGGUUAUCCUUUAUGUCAGAAAACCAUCACGGAGCAAGAUAUACCGAAACAGAAGUACAGAAUUUCAGUGAAAACAAACAAGGUAUACGAUAUAACGACACGUAAGAGUUUUUGUAGCAACACAUGUUAUAAAUCUGCUAUGUACAUAAAGAAACAGAUGCUGACCAGUCCGCUGUGGUUCCGUGAGUAUGAAGACAUACCAAAGUUUCAUUUAUUGACGCUGGACACAGUGGGAAGCUUAGGACAAGAAGUCGACUUAGGUCUAAUAGAGAGAAUAGAUAUAAAAUCGGAAUUAAAAUCAUUUACUUCAAUUAAUGACUUCACACAUGCCGGACUAAGUGAAAUGCAAAACAAUGAGAUAAACUUAGAAUGUAGUGCUAAUGAUCAUAGUGUUAUGAAUGAAAAGAGUGAAAAUGAAUCGAAGCCAAACCCAGUUCUUGAAAAUAAUUCAUCACCUAACUCAUCUAAAACUGUAGAAUCGCAAAAAGAUGCAAAAACUUCACAAAAUAUAGAGCAAAAUUUAACAAAAAAUAUACCAGAAAAAAUAUCAGAUAAGAAACAACUUAAACCUGCACCAAAUCCUUUAAAUAUUGUUGGUGAAAUAAUAGAAAAGCCUGAGAAAAAAAUUGAUCCCAUCCUGUUAGAGGCACCUAUAAAAAAUAAUACAGAUAUAAAGAAAGAUAAAUCAAAAUCUCUUGCCUCUAAAAUAUUAUCUAAGAAGCAACCAUCAGUAGCAGCAAUUACAAUUGAGGUAGAGAAAUGUUUGGCUGAAUGGUUUACACUAGACACCUUGUUGUUCCUAUUUGGAGAAGAAAAAGUGAAAGAAAUUGUUGCGGACAAAGGAGAAUUCAUAAAAGAGUACUUGAACAAUCAUACACAAAGUAUGUUCUACAAGUCAAAUUCUUACGACCAAUACCAAGCAUUGUGCCGUAAACUCAACAUGCUGGAAUUAGAAGACAAACGGUACGACGCGCAAACAUUAUCAAAAGAGAUGAAGCCAUUGCCUGAUUACACAAUGCUGAAAGAGGAAAGCAAAAAAAUGCAAUUGAAAGUGAAGGCAUUCUUUGCUGGUGAAACUGUGAUACCUGAUGUGGAAAAUGUUGAAGUUAGACAGUUAGAUAGUUCUACAGAAGAAGAGGAAGUAACUCAGCUACCGUUGGUAGAUAAAAAUGCGCAGAACGCGUUACGUAGAAGAAUCGUGUGCCAACACUUGAAUAAAGUUUUACCAGAUUUAUUAAGAUCGUUGGGCUUAUUGACGUUAAGUAUAAGCUCAGAUGUCAGAAUGCUUGUUAACACAUUCCAAUUGCAACCGAAUAAUAUAAUGUUCAAGCCAAUACAGUGGACGUUGAUCGCCAUUGUAUUUAUUAAACUAUUGUCGCUAAGAGAUGGUAGAUUGGAGUACUUAUUGAAGCAACCAAUGGCAUUCCAACACAUGCAACUUUUGCUCCUAAGUUAUAAGCAAGAUGGUGGAUAUUUGGAUAGAUUAAUAUCGUGGUUAACAGAUAUUGACAGGCUUCUGGAUGUUAGUGAUAAACAGUUGACUGUUGAAUAGUAUUUUGUAUACUUUUGUGCUCAACGCUACAGCAAAGUGAAAAGUUAUUAAAUGAAUUGGACAUUUAAUUAUCUACAGCAAUGUUACAAGCUCAUAAUAAAUUUAUAUAUUUUUUAAAAGUU